UAACCUAGCCUCUUUUACCUAUUAAAAAGAGAGUGAGGGAGGAAAAAAAGAAAAGCCGUCACACGCAAAUUAUUACAGCCUUCCUUCGUUGGAACUUGAAAAGAUGACGAUGAUCUCUGAUCUUCCACAGGAUUUGGUAGAGAAUGUACUAUCGAGGGUUCCACUGAUGACAUCUAUGAGAAAGGUGCGCUCUACAUGCAAACGGUGGAACACUUUAUCUAGGGAUCCCGACUUUGCAAAACACUUUGUUAAAGGGUUGUCAAGGCUGAUAAUCAUGAGGUCUCAGUUUAGGCUUUGGUUAAUGAGCGUCGAUUUCCAUGGUAGCCUCAACCAUAAGGACGACUUGGACGUUGCUCCAUAUGUUAAAGAAGGUAAGCUUACUAGCCUAAAUAAUUCAGAUCCCGAGAUAUCAAAAGUUUUUCACUGCAACGGGUUACUCUUAUGCUCGACCAAAGACAAGCGUAGGCUCGUGGUUUGGAACCCGUACUUGGGACAAACUAGGCGGAUCAAACCCAGGAUAGCUUUCCACAAACGCGACAUAUAUGCUCUCGGUUACGACGUAAACAAGAACCAAAAAAUAUUGAGGUUUUUGGAUGAUUACGCGACAUUCAGAAACCCUUAUGUUGUAUGUGAGAUCUACGAUUUAAAGUCUAACUCAUGGAGGGAUCUUGAUGUCAAUGCUGACUGGGAGAUGGAUUAUUAUCAUCGUGGAUUGUCUUUGAAGGGAAGUGCUUACUUUUUUGCUAAAGAAAAAAUGGAAUGGGACGGAGAAGGAGAAAUAGACGUAACAGACCAAGAGACGUUUCUGCUUUGUUUUUAUUUUACAAGAGAGAGAUUUGGACCGCGUCUGCCUAUGCCGUUUCACUCUCAUGCUGAGGAAACUGUGGCCCUGUCUAGUGUUAGAGAAGAGCAGCUUGCAGUGUUAUAUCAGGGGGAUUCAUCGUGUCUAGUAGAGAUAUGGGUUACAAAUAGAAUCGAGCCUAAUGCAGUGUCAUGGAGAAAGGUGUUUUUAUCAGUGGAUAUUGAACCAUUCUUUGGUCUUCAUCAGUUUGAUUUUUCCGGUGGGAGUUUCAUCAUUGACGAGGAACAAAAACUCGCCCUGAUUUUCGAUAAAGACAAAGAAUAUAUCCACAAUACAGCUUACCUAAUUGGGGAGAAUGGAUAUUACAAAACAUUGGAUCUCGGAGAGGAUAGAUACCACCGAGAAAAAACUGGAGAAUACACUAGUAUGCAACUCGUGUGCUCUUAUUUUCCGACAUUGGUGAAGAUCCAACAACGUGCAAGACGAGGCAAAAGGAAAGAACGAGAUUAUUAG